AUGGGGUCCUGUUCUUUAGUCAAAACUAGGUUAUUUAAGAUAGCCCUCAGCCAUUUUAUGAAUAUUUAUUCUUCGUCUCGCCCUAAUAGGAUUUCUGAAGCUACCGCUGGGCUGUGCCCUAAGGUGUCUGCUGAGAUGAACAGACGUCUUACAAGGCCUUUUUCGGAGGACGAAAUCAAGAAAGCUACUUUCUCCAUCGGUCCAAAUACAGCCCUAGGGCAGGACGGGAUGACUGGGAUAUUGUUACAUGCGAAUUGGGAGGUUUUGAAGGAAAAUGUUUGUGAGGCUGCAGCUAUCAUCCCUAUUAUCAUUAGUGCUCAGCAAAGUGCAUUCACGAAAGGCAGGAUAAUUUUAGACAAUAUUUUGCUUGCUCACGAGUUAACUCACCAGUUGAAGACCAAGAGAGGGCGCUUUAACUUUGAUCUAGCGCUCAAGCUUGAUAUGAGCAAAGCAUAUAAACGAGUGGAGUGGGGUUUUGUCAAGCGUGUCUUGUGGAAAUUGGGUUUUAAUCACAUCUGGAUUUGUUGGAUAAUGAAUUGUAUAACCUCGGUAUCUUAUUCGGUUAACUUCAAUGGUGCUUCUCAUGGUUUUAUUUGGCCCUUGAAGGGCUUCCGACAGGGAGACCGACUUUCCCUCUUUCUAUUUUUGUUAUGCGCAAGGUGUUUCUCUUCUCUAAUUGCACAGGCUGAAUUGAAUGAUGAGCUCUCGGGUGUGCAAAUUUCAUGGAGGAGUCCAAGAGUGUUUCACCUCCUUUUUGCAGAUGACUCGCUUCGCUUCUUCAAAGCUUCGCUUGUCCAAGUGCAGAAAUUCCAACAUGUCCUUAAGUUUCGGAAUACUCCGGAAGGGUUGCGCGCUCAGUUAGCAGCACAACUCAGAGUUUCGAAUGUGGGAGGUCAUGACAAAUACUUGGGCCUGCCAGUAGUGGUUUGUAAAUCAAAAGCUGAAAUGUCAAGGGAAAUUUGUGCUAAAGUUCGUCAGAAAGUCACGGGCUGGAAGGAGAAUUUACUUUUUUUAUGGCGAGAGGGAAUUGCUCAUUAA